UGUAUAAAAUUACUGCUCGCCACUCUUCCUCCCUUUCCUUUCUUCCUCCUGCGCUUUCGCGUUCGUGCUCUCUCUCCUCCCUCUCUCCCUCUCUCUCUGCCUAUGGAUGGAAAAGAUCUCCAUGACGGUUCGCUUCUUGUUUCUCACUCCUUCGGCUAUGCGUUCAUGUCGUGUCUGAUCUGAUGCUGGUCUCCUCGUGCUUACUAUUGAGUUUGGGUUUAAGUGGGAUUGAUGAGUUUAUCUCGAAAAAUAGACUGAUGCAUUCGUAGGAGAAAAUAUUGGAUCAGCUGUGGAUGUGAUCUGUUUCUGAACUGUAGAAGCCAUGGCAGUUGAAAAUGGGUUUCGCUGCUUUCGCAAGAAUUUAGCAUAAACUGAGCAGCUCUUAAAAUUCUUUGGAUUUUGAGGUUUAGUUAAGUCUGUGUCGGUAAUACAGAGAGAGUUGGCAUGGUGGGAAGAGAAGAUGUGGCUAGCGAUGCUCAGGCGCCUAGCCAUCAUCCUGGUUCUAGGAGAAUGUUCUGGCGCUCGGCCUCUUGGUCUGCCUCUCGUACUGCAUCUCAAAAUCCUGAAAAUGAGGAGCAACAUCUAAUUGUUACGGGUGGCAAUAGUUCUAGCAGACAUGGGCCGAAUCGCAGGUGCCCAGCUGCCCCUUUAACGCCUAGGUCACAGCAGAACAGCAAGGCUAGAGCUUGUUUGCCACCUUUGCAGCCUCUGUCGAUUGCCCGUAGGAGCUUGGACGAGUGGCCUAACGCGGGUUCUGAUGAUAUUGGAGAGUGGCCGCAUCCACCUACGCCUAGCGGGAACAAGACUGGAGAGAGAUUGAAGCUUGAUUUAUCGUCCACGCAGCGAAUCCCGGAUAAGAGUUCUGGCCAAGUUAAGAGGGAUAAGAUUGCUUUCUUUGAUAAAGAAUGUUCGAAGGUGGCAGAACAUAUAUAUCUAGGUGGAGAUGCUGUAGCGAAGGACAGGAAUAUAUUGAAACAGAAUGGAAUCACCCAUAUCCUGAACUGUGUGGGUUUUGUCUGUCCGGAGUAUUUCAAGUCUGAUUUUGUGUAUAGAACAUUGUGGUUGCAGGAUAGUCCGUCAGAGGAUAUUACUAGCAUUCUUUAUGAUGUUUUUGACUACUUCGAAGAUGUUAGGGAACAAAAUGGAAGGAUAUUUGUUCAUUGUUGCCAGGGGGUGUCACGUUCUACCUCGCUGGUUAUAGCAUAUCUGAUGUGGAGAGAAGGGCAGAGUUUUGAUGAUGCGUUUCAGUAUGUGAAGUCUGCUAGAGGUAUUGCUGAUCCUAACAUGGGUUUUGCUUGCCAGUUGUUGCAGUGCCAAAAGAGAGUUCAUGCGUUCCCACUUAGCCCUACUUCCUUACUUAGAAUGUACAGAAUAUCCCCACACUCCCCCUAUGAUCCUUUGCAUCUUGUUCCCAAAUUGUUGAAUGAUCCAUCUCUUUCAUCUUUGGAUUCAAGAGGUGCAUUUAUCAUUCAACUAUCUUCUGCAAUUUAUAUUUGGGUUGGGAAGAGAUGUGGAGACAUCAUGGAAGGAGAUGCAAGGGCUGCUGUUUGUCAAAUUGUUCGAUAUGAGAAAGUAGAAGCACCUAUUACUGUGAUUAGAGAAGGGGAGGAGCCUGCUUACUUUUGGGAUGCUUUUGUGAAUAUGUUGCCCAUGAUGGAUAAGUCGAGAGAAAGAGGUAAGAUUGGGGAGUUGUUGGUCAAAACCGUACCAGGUGACAGGAAGGUUGAUGCAUAUAAUGUUGACUUUGAGAUAGUUCAGAAAGCCAUUGUGGGAGGUUUUGUACCUCCCUUUGCAUCAUCCAACAACGAACACGAGACUCAUCUUCCUGCAAGGGAAAGUGGUUGGAGUUCACUGAAACAUAAGUUUGCGUCAAAGUUUGAGAAGAUAUCCAUGGUAGUAACCAAAACACAACUUUCUAGGGUGUAUUCUGAUUCUAUGAUGAUAGUGCAUGCAUUAUCACCUUCAUCAACUACAUCCUCCUCUUCAUCGUCGUCUGCUUCACCUCCUUAUCUUUCCCCAGACUCUGUAUGUCCAGAUUCAAGUGCUAGACCAAAGAUUAUCUCAGAGACUUCUGGGCGUUUUUCCUUGAGACCUUUUUGUUCUCUUCCACCAUCUUCAACAUUGCCCAACUUAUCCACCCUGUCUCUCUGCCCAUCCCAAACUUCUCCUGAUGAAUCUAACUAUCUAGGAAGCCAUGGUUUCGACAAUUCUUUGCAACCCCGUAUUGAACCAUUGACAAAUAGAAAGGUUUCUCCUUCUCUAGCGGAGCGUCGAGGCAAGCUGUCAAAACCCCUGAAUCUACCUGGUUUGACUGAUUCCAAUAGAGGCACAGUUACUGCUGCUCGCACUUUAUGCCAGGCAGAUAGUAUAGAGAUUGUCUUCAACCUGGAGGACGAUGGAAAUAGAGGUGUGAAUCCAAAAAGCGAUUGCACAGAAAGUGUACUGUCUGGCAGAGUUAUAGAUGUACCCCAGAAGGAAAUGGUUUCCUUAAUCGACUGCAGUGAAUCAGAGAAGCGUUUAUGUUCAGGACAAACUCUAGAUUCUGUUCUCUCACAGUCGCCCUAUAGUCCCGAAUUUGAAAACUGCAACUUGGGGGAGUCUUUAGCAUGUCGGUGGCCAAGCAUGGAAAAAGUUACAAAACUUAGCAGGUCUGAUCUAGAUUCAAAUUCUGUAAUCGCAAUUUCUUCGCCAAGUGACACCACAGGACACACCGGGAGGGUUUUGCAUAUUUGGAUAGGAAGGUCGGUCUCUCUUGAUAACAAUCAGUCUCAGUUAGAUAGCAACAACAUGGUGUGCAGUGUGGAGAAGGUUGACUGGGUUCAAGCUGCUAAUGAUAUAUUAUCUCAGAUGAACUUGCCAAAGGACACCCCUAUAAAGGUUGUUAGGGAGGGUGAGGAGCUGACAGAUUUUCUCGCACAACUGUGUGUGUUGUAGCACCCGCUGCUCGAUCAGGAGAUCUUGUCUUAUUUUUUCUCAUAGAAUUUCUCGGGAACUCCGCAAGAUAUUUCAGUUUUCUCCACAGUGCUGGACUCAAAAGACUUAUACCAAACCACAGGAGGCUAUGUAUGUUCGUGUACGUUCAUGUCAACAUCUCUCUCUCUUUUGUACAGAGGAAAAAAAAAGGGGAAAAGGAAUAUCAAGGUUGGUAGCUUGUAAGAUCAAAUUCUAAAAUUAGAUUCAAAUUCUAGAUGUGAACUCUUGCAAUGUUGCAGACACUCAGAAAAAAUAGAUCUCUUUUCCUCACUUUCA